GUUCGAAAUGGUGCAUCUGGGUCUCCUAGUGGCGCAGCUGGGUCGCCUUUCAGCCCCACUGGUGACGCAGCUCGCUCAUCACGUUCAAGAGACUCAGUGUCUUCACCCCUACGACCUGGGGUCGUGGCGACGGCUAUCGCCGCGCAUCAGCUGGUGUCGAAGUCACCCGCUGCUGGCGUUGCUGGAGCUUCUGGCGCUGGUGUGUACCAUCUAGGAUAUCAGACGCACUACGAUUAAGGCGCUCUCAAAUAUUCACCUUAAGUAGAAGAUGCUUCUUUAGCGUGCUAGUGCUUGAAUCAAGGGGAAGACUUCUAGGUCAAAGAUGCAUUUCACGAUGAAUUUAGGCAAGCUCUAACACAACGAGGCCCAUGAACAUGAUGGAGAGCGGCAACUCUAUUGCAAAUCUCCCUUUUUGCUUUCGGGCCGUCCCGCGACCAACGCUAGUUUCGGACCUCCGUAUUCUUAUUGCGACAAGACAGCAGAAGCCUCGUGGAAUCACAAGAAGGACCAAUGGCAACAAGGAUCUUCCUUUGCAGCUACAGCAGACCAGGAGACUCAGCAACAGAUCCAGAGCAGUGAAGGAGACCAAGGGACUGCGCCGGUGAGUUUUCUAGAAGCGGCAGCAACUCGCAUGGGGCACAUGGCUACUCGGAGAGCAGCAGUCUCCUGCCCACUUUCGUCUUUCGAGUGUGCCGUGGAGCGGCAGCCACCGCAGUUUGAAAGUUUGGAAAGACAGUCUAGUGGAGCUGACGAUGCUGCAGGGUUACCAGCACAGUCGGUUUCUGCAGCCUCGCUGCGGUGUCGUCUCCCUCCUUCUACUUCCACUUCGAGUCAACAAAGCCAGAGCAUUGAUGUGAAGUCUUCUAAUCUAGCCAGGCAC